AUGGAGCAAUUGACCCAGCGAAGAACAAUGGCCGCGCCGCUGUGGUUGCAGCUUCUUCUCUGCAUCGUUGCCGUCGCCUGCGUGCUCCAAGCUCGCGCCCAGCCUGAUAGCAAAGGAUUCAUAACCAUAGAUUGUGGUCUCUCGGAGGAGAUGGGCUACGUGGACAACGCCACCAAGCUCUCGUACGCCCCCGACGCUGGCUUCAUCGAUGCCGACACCGGCACGAACCAUAUUAUCUCGCCGGAGUACGUCAUCCCGGCUUUGGCCAAGGUUUGGUACAGUUUGCGUAGCUUCCCAACUGGCGUGCGGAACUGCUACACGCUUCGCUCCCUCAUGCCCGGGCUCAAGUACAUGAUCCGAGGGAGGUUCAAGUACGGCAACUACGACGGCCUCGACCGUCUGCCAGUGUUUGACCUCCAUAUCGGCACCAACUACUGGCACACCGUGAACAUCACCGACUCGAAGGAUGCGGUGUUCGUCGAGGCCAUCGUGGUGGUGCCGGAGGACUUCAUGCAGGUCUGCCUGGUGGACACCGGUGGCGGUACGCCGUUCAUUUCUGGCUUGGACCUGAGGCCGCUGAAAAGAACGCUCUACCCGCAGGUGACCCCGGCACAGGGUCUGGUCCUAUUUGCCAGGCUCAACUUCGGCCCGACCAACGAGACCUUCUACGUCAGGUAUCCCGAUGAUCCACACGACCGGAUAUGGAGGCCUUGGGGCGACAAGGUAAUGUGGACCGAGAUAUCAAUGGCCAGCGGGGUGCAGAACAUAGCCAACGAAGACUUAUUCGAGGCGCCCACGGCGGUGUUGAAGACGGCGAUCAAGCCUCGGAACGCCUCUGGGAACUUAGAAUUCACCUGGUACCCCGUGCCCACCCCCAAAGACCCGUCCCCCGGGUACAUUGCCAUCCUGCACUUCGCCGAGCUAGAGGUCCUACCCAACAACACUGUGCGCCAGCUGAACAUCACCGUCAACAGCAAGCCGUUGUAUUUGUAUACAAGCGACAUCGCGCCGGAUCGUAUCUAUGAUAUCGCCCUCUACAACAGUGGCGCCUUCAUCCGUCACAGCAACUACACAAUCUCCAUCAACGCCACGGCUAACUGGACGUUGCCGCCUAUCAUCAACGCGGCCGAGAUCUUCUCCCUCAUCCCCACCACCAACCUUGGCACGGACUCCCUGGAUGUUUCUGCAAUCAUGGCGAUCAAGGCGAAGUAUCAAGUGAAGAAGAACUGGAUGGGUGAUCCGUGUGUUCCGAAGACGAUGGCAUGGGACAGGUUGACCUGCAGCUACCCACCUGGCAGCCCACCAAGGAUCACAAGCGUAAACCUGUCCUCCAGUGGUCUAAAUGGUGAUAUAUCACCAUCUUUCGCGAAUCUGAAGACAGUCCAAUACCUGGACCUGUCAAACAAUAACCUUACAGGCUCCAUUCCAGAUGCUCUUUCGCAAUUACCUUCACGGACGUUUCUAGAUGUUUCAGGCAACCAGCUAAAUGGGUCGAUCCCCUCUGGACUCCUCAAGAGAAUUCGAGAUGACUCUCUGGAUCUAAGAUAUGGCAACAAUCCAAACCUCUGUACCAACGGUAAUUCAUGUCAGCUGCCUGCUAAAAGGAACAACAAGCUAGCCAUCUACAUUGCUGUGCCCACAGUUCUUGCGGUGAUAGUAUCAGUGAUAUUGCUACUGAUUUGCUUGCUAAAACGAAAGAAGCAAGGUUCAAUGAACAACUCCAUUACGCCCCGGAAUGAGACAAUGACAACCAAUGCACCGGGAAACAAUGUCUGCACCGACAGUUCGCUGCAGCGUCUUGAGAACCGUCGGUUCACGUACAAAGAGUUAGAGAAGAUAACGAACAACUUUCAGCGAGUGCUGGGACGGGGAGGAUUCGGGUAUGUCUACGAUGGCUUCUUGGAGGAUGGCAACCAGGUGGCAGUGAAGCUGCGGUCUCAUUCUUCCCAUCAAGGCGUCAAGGAGUUCCUCGCAGAGGCUCAAAUUUUGACACGGAUUCACCACAAGAAUCUUGUCUCCAUGAUUGGUUAUUGCAAGGAUGGAGAGUACAUGGCACUUGUCUAUGAGUACAUGUCGGAAGGAACACUGCAAGAGCAUAUUGAUGUGGGAAGCAAGUGCAACACAUCACGUCUAUCAUGGACAGAAAGACUACGAAUUGCACUUGAAUCUGCGCAAGGGCUGGAGUACCUACACAAGGGUUGCAAUCCACCCCUCAUCCAUAGAGAUGUUAAGGCCACCAAUAUUUUGUUGAACGCGAGACUCGAGGCUAGGAUCGCUGACUUUGGCUUGUCCAGGGCCUUUGACGACAGCAAUGACACCCACGUGUCCACAGACACGCUCGUCGGUACCCCGGGAUACGUAGAUCCAGAGUACCAGGCGAUGAUGCAGCCAACAACCAAGAGUGAUGUGUACAGCUUCGGAGUCGUACUACUGGAGCUAGUCACAGGGAAGGCGGCCAUCCUGCGAGAGCCGGUACCCAUGAGUAUCAUCCAGUGGGUACGAGAGCGGUUGGCACAGGGCAACAUCGAGGAUGUGGUGGAUUCAGAAAUGCUUGGAGAUUACGAUGUCAACAGUGUGUGGAAGGUUGCAGACAUUGCACUCAACUGCACCUCACAGAUGUCGACACAUCGACCCACCAUGACCGAUGUGGUGAUGCAACUACAAGAGUGCAUUGAGCUCGAGAAGGCUCAUGGUGGAGGUGAUAUCGCAAGCCAUAGGUUUUACUCUGGCAGCAGCAGUGAGAACCCGAACUUGAGAUAUGAUGCUUACACCACUAAUCAAUCUACUAAUGCGAUCCAAAACAACACUACAUUUGAGAUGGAGCAUAAUUUGAAGAGAGUGCCGACAAUGGCUACUGGUCCUUCUGCACGUUGA